AUGCGCGGGGCGCUGCGGCUGCUGCGGUUCCGGAAGGCCGCGGGCGGGGGGCCCCGGCUCGGGCUGGAGGAGGCGCCCGGGGGGGACCUGGUGGAUCUGAACGCGGCGGAGCCGGAGCUGCCCCGAUCGAUGCGGGAGUUCCUGGAGAUCGGCCCCCGCGGGCUGGCGCUCGCCCAGAGUGCAUUGGAGUCAGGGCAGCACCGGGUGCCCCGGGCGACUGCUCAGCUGCUGGCACCUGUGGGAGACCCCGAGAAGGUGAUCUGUGUAGGGCUCAACUACCACGACCAUUGCCAGGAGCAGGCUGUGAAGGUCCCCAAGGAGCCCCUCAUCUUCAGCAAGUUCCCCAGUGCCAUCACCGGGCCCUUUGAUGACAUCGUGCACCCCCAGGACACCAGUGAGCUGGACUGGGAGGUGGAGUUGGCUGCUGUCAUCGGGAAGAGGGGGCGACACAUUGAGGAAGCGGCGGCACUGGAGCACGUACUGGGCUUCACGGUGGCCAACGAUGUGAGCGCCCGGGACUGGCAGAUGCGGCGCAACGGGCGGCAGUGGUUGCUGGGGAAAACCUUUGAUACCUUCUGUCCCCUGGGACCGGCCAUUGUCACCAGGGAGGCCGUGGCAGAUGUCCACAACCUGUGGAUCCGCUGCAGUGUGAAUGGGCACCGGAUGCAGGACAGCAACACCCGCCACCUCAUCUUUAGGGUGCCUGCCCUUGUCGCCUGGGUGUCCCGGUUCGUGACACUGGUCCCUGGGGACAUCCUGCUGACAGGAACACCUGCGGGAGUAGGGGUCUUUCGGAAACCACCCGUUUUCCUUAAGCGCGGUGAUGAGGUGAAGUGUGAGAUUGAGGAGCUGGGCACCAUCUGCAAUCGGGUGGUCUGACAGUGGAGAGAUGCCUCAAAUCCCACCUCCCCCUCACGGGGUCAAUAAACCAACGAGCCAUUGGUUCA